AUAAAAAAAAAAAAGGGAAAGUUCCUGAACAUCAAUCAAAGAGCAGCUAUGCAAUUGCUAGUAAUCAAUCCACGGUUCGCUUUUUUCCCCGGGAUCGGACCGACCUCGAAACGCCAACAUGAGGGAAUACUAAGAACUCUGCCAGAUAACCGUCACGAAAGAAAAAAGAAAUGAAAGAAAAGAAAACGGAAAAGAUUCAUAUACCUUCACUCAAGACCAGGACAACCGAAUGUGGUGACGGACGCCGCCGCCGAAUUUAUACAAGGCCAUGGAUCAACCCCCUGGGACUCCACGGUAGAUUCUCAACAACCAAACGGAUCAAAAGGAUAUCAUGUCGUGGCACCGACACCAUCGGUGCCACUGAAACGGUAGACACCGGCCGUCAAGACCGAGAUCCUCCAAACGAGGCCCUUCAAAUGAGGCCUCCAAACGGACCCUCAGACCAAGGCCCCGGGCCCCGCCGUCUGGAGGGACUUCCCACCACGAUGCUGGGACUGUGCUCGGCUCUGCGCGGCGGGAACUUUUUUUUUUGGUUUUUUGCAGGUAUCAUAGUUCAUAGUCUUCGAAACUUCAUCGUGUUUUUGCUUUUGCUGAUUAUCGCAACAUCGUGAGUGGGCCAAGAAUAAUACCAAAGCGAAUCAUGCUUUUUUUUUUUU